GAGUCUCACGUCCCGAGCUGGGGUAAUCAAGACGAUUAUCAACUGGUUCGAAAACUUGGUCGGGGAAAGUACAGUGAAGUAUUUGAGGCCAUUAACAUCACCAACAAUGAGAGAGUGGUUGUAAAAAUUCUCAAGCCAGUGAAGAAAAAGAAGAUAAAACGAGAGGUUAAGAUUCUGGAGAACCUUCGUGGUGGAACAAAUAUCAUUAAGCUGAUUGACACUGUAAAGGACCCUGUGUCAAAGACACCAGCUUUGGUAUUUGAAUAUAUCAAUAAUACAGAUUUUAAGCAACUCUACCAGAUCCUGACAGACUUUGAUAUCCGGUUUUAUAUGUAUGAACUACUAAAAGCUCUGGAUUACUGCCACAGCAAGGGAAUCAUGCACAGGGAUGUGAAACCUCACAAUGUCAUGAUAGAUCACCAACAGAAAAAGCUGCGGCUGAUAGACUGGGGCCUGGCAGAGUUUUAUCAUCCUGCUCAGGAAUACAAUGUCCGUGUAGCCUCAAGGUACUUCAAAGGACCAGAGCUCCUCGUGGACUAUCAGAUGUAUGAUUAUAGCUUGGACAUGUGGAGUCUGGGCUGCAUGUUAGCAAGCAUGAUCUUUCGAAAGGAGCCCUUCUUCCAUGGCCAGGACAACUAUGACCAGCUUGUUCGCAUUGCCAAGGUUCUGGGUACAGAUGAACUGUAUGGGUAUCUGAAGAAGUAUCACAUAGACCUAGAUCCACACUUCAACGAUAUCCUGGGACAGCAUUCUCGGAAACGCUGGGAAAACUUUAUCCAUAGUGAGAAUAGACAUCUUGUCAGCCCUGAGGCCCUAGACCUUCUGGACAAACUUCUGCGAUACGACCAUCAACAGAGACUGACUGCCAAAGAGGCCAUGGAGCACCCCUACUUCUACCCUGUGGUGAAGGAGCAGUCCCAGCCGUGUGCAGACAACGCUGUGCUGUCCAGCGGUCUCACGGCAGCACGAUGAAGACUGGGAAGCGACGGGUAAUGCGGCAUUGAUGCUUGCCAAUAAACCAACCAACCAAACACAAAUCUUGAAGGAAAACUACAGUGUGAUAAAGAGAUUCUAAUUCCUUCUAAAUGCAAAGAAGAGUAAAGACCUAAAAGUCUGUCAAAAAGAAAGAAACUCCCCAGUACUAGUCUGCAGGGAGCUGCCAUGUGGCAGCAUGCGGAUGCACAUAGUUCAGGACCCGAGGGAACGCUCCCUUUGGAAUGCAUGGGAGAUGAGAGACUCGGAGUUGUUGUCCAUUCACCUUGAUUUAACAGGGCACCUCUGUUGAAUUAACCCGUUCAGUCAACAAGCUCUGAAUAUCUGACUUCCUAUCUAUUCCAUUGUGGUCUGGGUUUCCUUUGGUGAGAUUCAGACUCAAGUUUUAGCAAAUCGUCAGCAGUCUAUACUGACACACCAGCCUCAUUUAUGAAAAAGGAGAUAUGAAAACAGUGACAGUAUUUUUUUUUAAGCUCUUUUACAAAUUCAUGUUUUAUGUAUUUUUUUAUGACAUGAGUUCUCCAGGAAAUGUACCUCAUCCCUGCAGUUUUCCUCUAAGUGUAUUCAUUUGGGAGGAAACUGCAGUCAUGUUCACAAGAGAGAGUCCUCUUUGAUGUCAGCAGGCAUCACUAUAAACCUUGCGAUGCCAUAAACAGGUCCAUCAGUCUCUUCAAAACUCUCGUUCAAAACUUCCAUGCUAAGUGCAUGACUUGGAGCUCACUGUAACCUUUGUUGAUUUGCCUAACCAUAAAAUAUUAUUGCUACCUUUUUCUUUAGCCUUUUUUCUUUCCUAUUUUUUUUUUUUUUUUGCAGUCUUGUAAGGAAAAUCUCACCAUUUCCCAGCACAUCCCUGUGUGUGCACGUAUUUUAGUGCACCUGCCUGAAAGAAAGACAUUUUUGUUCAAAACUAGAACUAAGGCUGGAAAGUCAGGCUUCAGGCAGGUUGGGAGAGAGGAAAACAUCCCAUUAAAAUUUAUUCAGGAAAGACUUAAUGAAAAAAUGUAUUGCCUGUCCCUCUUCCCUCUUUUUAUCCCCAUGAGAAACAGUUUUCCCACUGUAAUCAGGGUAAUACGCAUUUUUAAGCUCUGAUAUGUGAGACAUGAAUGUGAUAGCAAAGAUAAGUCUUUCUCGCAUGCAGGUACUGGAGUUGUGUGGGCAAGGCCAUUUGAAAACUCAAGCAACUGAGAGGAGAAGAAUAUUCAAGGGGCUUGGGGAAGGGAGUGGAGCAAGUGUUAAAGCUUUGGAUCCAUUGUGCUAACCCUAAUGUUAGCAGGGGAAGGAAGCUAGAUUUUGUUUUUAAAAAAAAAAAAAAUAGGGCUGAUUUCAUUUGCGGGACUUGUCAUCAGUGUGGUUUGCAGACAGUCCCCUCACCCCAGCUGCAGAGCCCUGCCACAGCUCUGGGGACUUCACACACUUAGGAUAGAACUAGAGGUGACUACCAUCACAUUACACUUUAGGAUUUCUUUAUUAAUUAUUUAAUAACGCCAUACAUUUUUAUAAGGUUAGAUUGUUUGUUUGAAACAUCUGUUUACAUUCCAUAUUCCAAUAAAAUUGUAUUGGUAUUGGUAGCAGGUCCUAUCUAAAUGUAGAUUCUAUUUUUGUUGUUUGGUCUGUGAGAAUUUAAAAUGCAAAUGAAAGAAACUCUUCUGUAGAGUUAACAGAUUAAAAAAUAAAAAACAAAAUCCCAAAGCCAAGAAAUGCAUUCAGUUAAGGUUCUCAUACCAAUAUUGCCUGCCUGCAUUGCACAUUCUGUAUAUUAAUGUUUGUUCUACCUGAAAAUCAAAGACAGGAUGUGAGCUCUCAGCUGAACCGGUAUUGAUAUGUCAGACAGCAAAACUCAGUGUUUCGGAUUAUCAAAAGCCUUCCUAUGUGCCCUUACAGGCAAUACUGGCCGUUGGUUAUGAUCAGGGAGAUGUGCCACUGUGUGUCUUUUCUGCUCCCCUACCUCCCAGAUCCUCCUUAUCACCUACUCCCCUGUCCCCUGCCUUUCUGUUAUUUUAAGUUGCCUGUCUGGACCAGGCAAGAGGAACCUACUGGAGGGUUUUGCCGAAGCAGUAACCCCAUUUCUUUUCCUCGUGUCCCCCAGAGGCUUAAAUAAAAGCACCUGGAGGAGAAGAGUCAGGUGAUUGACCUCUGCCUCCCUCUGACCGUGAUUUAGUUGGGACAGACGCAGCUAGCCUGCCUGUCCUUGGGUUCUGUAACUGCAGCUUUGACACAGAAGUAAUCUUCCUUUGUAAGCAUAGUUUACUUUUCCAGCACUUGUACUUGUUACCUCUCUUCAUGCCUUAGACUUAGAGCAUAACUGGGUUGGAAAUGCUCACUCCCUUCUGGGUCUGGUUUGACACCUUGGCCGUAUUUUCCCAAACUGAAGUCAGUCCAGACCUCUUUUACCUGUCUCCAAGACCAUUUUGUAUCCGGGUGGACCUAGCUCCCCUGAGGUUUUAAAGUAUUUACCUGAUUAGGACAGGAUCUUAGAGAGUUCCAAAAGAGUGUGUGUGCAUGUGUGUGUGCACACACAUAUGUGUGGAAGCGGGAGUCUAGUCUUACAGACUAAAUAAACUAUGGUAAAUUUGCCAUCUUGGUAUCCUUUUCAGUUAGCAUAUUCUUACAUUCAUCUCAGUAAUUUUCAUUUGUUUGUUCAUUACCUUAUAACAGGUUAAAAGUGCCUACGAUAAGGACUUAAUUAUUCCCUGAAGAAAAGCAAAAAAUGUGGGGAACAGGGUAGUGUUACACUAUCAUCUCAGGUACUGCCUAUGUUCAAAACAUAGACCUGGUGUGGUGAGAGCAGAAGGUUCCUAUGCCAAAUCCCAAUUGAUAUCUCAUUGUUUCUUGGCCAUGGGUGAGUAUAGUUGCAGGGUUCACCUGGGCUGAGAAAUCCCUUGGGAGAGUGGAACUAAAGUACUAAAUAAUAAUGUGGCCUGGCGGCAUUCUCACUCUCCUGGAUCAGAUCAGCUGGCCUUGCUCCUGUCCUGUCCCUGUGGUGGGUGGCUGGGUGGAGAAGCCAUUGAGUGUACAAUGCAGACCAGGCAUGCCUGGGUCUUCUUACAAGAGAAAUGCUGAUGCUGGUUCAGUGAGGCACUUAAGUGUCAGUCACUCAGCUGGAUCUCCUAACGGACAUUCUGUAGCACUCAGCAGCACUCACAAGGUUUAAAGCAAAUGUAUUCCCUUGCAGAGAGGAGGGUACUCUCAGACUGACUGAUUAGAGGAAACAGAGAAGAGCACAGUCCUUGGGAGCUUGGAGAGAAGGGGGGGGGGCAGUUAAAAGGAACCAAUACGAAACCGAGACUAAAGGCAGAUCUAGAGGUGGAAACAUACUUCUUGAGGGGAUAAAUUGAGGGGACACCAAGUUCGUCUUCUGGAACAUGCCCUGGGGAGGGCACUGCCCCUGGAUUGGUUCCAGUGGGAUGGAAAAGUGGUGCUCUCGGUCAGGUGCUGAGUUCUGAGAGCUGGGUGUCAUGGAUCUCACAGUCUGUGCCUACUCAGGGAAAUGACUUAGGUUCUCCCAGGUGCUGCAUUGAUGAGGACAGAGGCAGAACUACUUUGGGACACAAUUGGAGGAAUUUUUUAAUAUGCAUCGAAAUAGAUCUAAGAGCCCAGUUAACAGUUUCCUUUAAUGCCAGUUCAGAUUAAAUGAUUAGUUAAAAAACCUGUUAUUGCAUGAACACCUGCAGGAGAAAAGCAGAUUUCCUUCCUGUAGAUAAAUGAGCAGUUAAUAACUGAUCAGAAUCACAGGCAUUUAAAUAUAAACUAUUCCGAGAGCAAAAACAGGGUCCACGUGAGGACGUAAGAAGCCAAAGUUUGUCAAUGAGCUUAAUCAAUUAUGACUGAAUAGUGUCCUGCCUUUAAAAACUAACCCCAGGGGAAGAUGGGAAGAGGGGAAAUGGUAGAGAGACAUCUGGCCAAGAAAACCAGUUUUUCAACUAUUAGAAUGUGUUAAUGAAAACACCCCCAACUAGGUAUUGUAGAGGCUGGAAAAAGAAGUGUGAUGGAAUUAUACAGGUGGUGCAUACUUUGUGUGAAGACUCAACAAUGUGCUACAAAUGUGAUACUUAACCCUGAACUGCAUGUAUUGGGGAUUGUUUUAAAAAGAAAAAAAAAAAAAAAACCUUAAAAAACUUUGAACCAAUAAAUUAACAGUUUUUCACUUGUGGCUCUUCUUGCUGUAAAUGUUGACUAAGAGGUUGGGACAAAAAUCUUGACAUCCAGUGGAAAGCUUGGAUGAUCUUCAAGAACUAUGGAGCCUUCUGUUUGCAGAAAAGCAACACUGCCUGGGUUGUGAUCCUUUAGGAGUGACUACUUUAGACACAAUUGGCCACCUCUUUGUAUCACUGGAUGACUGAUGUAUGAUUUAUGUGCUGCUGCCCUUAGAGGGAAGAAAAAUGCCAUGUUAAAUCCUGUUUCCUAAAUAAAAAUGUUGACAAUACCGAGCCUUCCCAAGUGGAAGACAAACCAUUGCUAU